AUGGCCAAAAGUGGCCGAAAACUUGCUAAUCUCAUCAGCAUCCUGCCCAUGCUAGUCGGCUGGUUCAGUAUCCUCCUGGCCACCAGCGUGACUGGGCUACUCCUCGCCAGGUUCCUCCAAGGAGUCUCCAUGGGAAUGAUCGCCACGCUAGGACCAGUGCUUAUAGGAGAAUACACCAGCCCUAAGAACAGAGGCGCUUUCCUUAUGACCCUCUCUCUAGCCAUUGCUAUCGGAGUCCUAACUGUCCACACUGUAGGAUCUUACUUCGGUUGGCAAACAGCAGCGCUUUUAUGCGCCUUCAUAUCUUUUAUAAAUUUGCUAAUAGUUAUUAAUUGUCCAGAAUCCCCAAGCUGGCUAGCAGAUCAAGGACGAUACGACGAAUGUAAACGAGUCUUUAGAUGGCUAAGAGGUGAUGAUGAAGAGGAAGAAUUACAUUCAAUGAUAGACACAAGUCUUGUAAUCAGGGAAUCUAAAGAAGAUGGUGAAGCGAAAGAUUCUUUUACAUGGAAAGUGAAGAGCGGUUUAGUGUAUCUGAAUGAGACUGUGCGAAAGAGACAGUUUUAUAAACCAAUAUUUAUAAUGAUGCAUCUUUAUACGUUAGGACAAUGGGGUGGAGCAAAUGUCAUGUCAGCUUAUACAACAAAGAUUUUAGAAAAUGUCGUUGGACCUAAUGCUAUAUUUGGUCUGAUCAUCAUCAGUCUUGGAACGCAGAGGAUCAUAUCAAACUCUAGCGCUGUAUACGUAAUUAAGAAGAUUAGGAGACGGACUAUGUUGCUAACCACAACAUUGAUCAACAUUUCUGCUUACCUUACAAUAGCUGGUUAUACUUACGCCAAAAUAAAUGGUUAUCUACCGUUUGACCAUCCACUGAUAGGUAUUAUACUAUGUCAUAUUCAUAUGUUUUCAAUAGCUACAGGAACAGUUCCGUUACCUCUCAUAAUAGCUGGAGAGCUAUUUCCUUUAGAAUACAGAAGUUUAGCUGGUGGGAUCAGCGUACUUUUCGUGUCUAUAAAUCUUUUUUUGACAGUGAAAACAUUGCCAUAUCUUUUUGCCACGAUAGGUUUACCAGGUGCGUACUGCAUUUAUGCUGGGGUCGUUGCGUACUGCCUAGUUGUGUGUUGGAUGGUGUUACCGGAGACUAAGGAUAGGACUCUUCAGGAUAUUGAGGAAGAGUUUAUGGGACGUCCGUUGUCACCUGAGGAGUUAAUGUCUACGUUAUCGCUGACGUCUUUGAAACACAAUACGGAUCGGCGGUGCAGUGCUCCAAUGAUUUAGCUUCUAAAGUGACAUACAGGUCGAACGCGAUUAAUUAACAUUAUUUUUACCCCCCACCACCACGCCGCCAGGUUGCGCUGGCCGCGACCACGGCCAGUGCAACCUGGCCGAAACGUUGGGAAAAAAGGUAAAAAUAAUGUUAAUUAAUCGCGUUCGACCUGUAUGUGACUUUAAAUAUGUGUACAAAGCGCGAGAACUUAAAGUGUUAGAUUUAGCUUGUGUUUGAAGACAGGCAAAGCUUCGUUAGUAGAAAUUGUGCUGUAAAAUAAGUAGGCGCGGUGGGCAUGAGUAAUUGAGCAGAUCGCUCCGAGUGUUUAUUGAUUCACCUUUUAAUAAAUAUUAACAAUUUAGCUUUUAAGAAUCUAAGGUGUGCACCUUUUCGACUGGGGGUCAAAUUAAAUUAUCGAAAUAUUAUCUACGUUUUCAUCAGCAUCGUAUUUUACCAUUGUAUUUACUUUAUUAGUGAACAAGCUGAAUGAGUAGGUAGUAAUUGUGAUAAAACAGGUUGUGAUAAGUAUUUAUAAUGUUAUAAACUGUAACAAAAAAAAAUGGAAA